AUGCACACACCACGUAACGAUACACUACGCCAGAUGUAUUUAAGCGGUGGUGGAAUUAACCAUCCUAUGGGCUUAGGGCAAGCCUUGACCGGUAGAAAUUCGCCCUCAAAAGGACCUGCAUUUGAUCGGACGUGUAGAGCUGUUCUGCUGGAAAGAUGGCUGCUCUUCCAAACACUUGUUUGGUGGCAGGACCUUAACAGACAUUCUCAUCACGUACCCACCAUUACCGCCCCUGUUUCUUCCAAGGAGUCAUUUCCGCUUCACCCGUGGUUGAGUGCUCUGGUCCGGCCGAAGUGGAGCGUUGGCAUUGGUAGCCAUUUUAUUCAUGCCUCAAAACCCGCUCUUGGAGCGCUGUCGGGUGUCAUGAUGGCCAGUUUUCUUGCCAGCAAGCCCCCAAGGUGCCAAAGAUACAGAGGAAGAGAGGCGUAG